AUGUGUCCGCUCGAGCCCGACUCUCAAGACCUUCCCCUCCCCUCGCUGCCCGAGCUACUCGAUCAGGAAACCUACACGCGCGUAUUCACGCAUCGUUCGCUUUAUGCGCGCCCUACGCACGUCUUCGAGGACAGUCCCCAGGACCCUGCCCCAGAUAACGAGUCGCUCGAGCACCUCGGGGACCAAGUGUUAGGUCUCGUCAUCACGGAUCUCAUACAGGAGCUGUACCCGUACCUCCGUGUAGGACCUUCUACGAAAAUGCGCGCUCUUGUUGUUGGGAAUCAGACUCUCGCCGCGGUCGCUCUCCGGUACCGUCUUCCCGACCGUCUGCGCCUGCAUCGCUCGCAGUCGGUGACCCUCAAGGCCAGCAUGAAUGUCCAAGCCGACGUCUUCGAGUCCUACGUCGGCGGUCUCUACCGUGCUCGCGGCCUUGCCCUCACCCAGGCAUGGCUUCGCGUGCUCUUCGCGCCGUAUGUUCGCUCGGCAUAUCGUCAGGUUCGCGCGCAGCAUGGCCUUCCGCCUACGCUUGCUGUUGCUCCGUCAGCUUCGUCCCAGACUUCUAGCUCAAACCCGUACACUCCGCCGCCGUCUCCACCACACGGGACCAUGAUCGGCCACCUUGGUCUCUUCAAUCAGCGCAUUCAACAGGCGAACCGCUCGGUGGAGUGGGUCUUCGUCGACAGUCUCGGAGAAGGUACAAAGAGCACUCCCGUCUGGGUUGCGCGCGCCAUCGUCGGCGGAGAGGAGUGGGGUUGUGGCCGUGGCAAUACAAAGAAAACGGCUAAGAACGAGGCCGCUAAGGUCGGCUUGCGCCGUUUGGGCUUUGUGCAGGAUUAG